GCGCCGGCGAGCCCAAGGGGGGGGUCGGCGGCGCCUCGGGUGCCCGCAGCCACCAGCUCGCAGCGCAGCUCCGGAGCGGGACGCGGCGCCGGGAGCCCCGGCAGCGCCAGCCCUCCCUCCCGCGUCGCCUGCCAGCGCGCCAGCGCCCGCUCCGCCCGUGACUUCAGUUCAGCUCCACCCCCGCGUGGCGGCUGCUCGCUCGGUCCGAACCGGCGCUCGGCACCAGCCCAGCCUGGACAAGCGGCAGCCACCUGCCCCGCGCCGUCUCCGUCUGCCCCCGCCGCGGCCCAACUUGGAUGGAGUUGGGGUACUGAGCGCCUGCCCCCACAGCCGGCCAGCGGAGAGCCCCGCGCCGCCACCUCCGGUCCGGGACCUUCUCUCCACUCCUCUCUGCUCCUGCGAUGGGAAAAGUUGGCGCGGCCGGCGGCUCCCCAGCCGGGCUGAGCGCGCUCCUCGCCGGCGCAGGGCUCUUGGUCUUCUGCGCCCCGGGCGCCUGCGGCGGCGGCUCUUGCUGUCCCCCGCUGCACCCCAGCCCGAACCAGCGCUGGGCUCCGACCCCAGGGGGCUUUCCUCACCAGGGAGCGCGAGGCAGGGCUCCUGCCACGCCCCUGCCCCUCCUUGGGCGCCCUCUGUUCGCAGUGGCCCCGGGAGACCGAGCGCUGUUCCUGGAGCGGGCCCCCGGCCCCGGGGGGUCAAUGGUGGUUGCUCCCCGCUCUGGCCGGAGGAGACGGAGUGGAUCGGAUCAGGAGAACGCACAAAGGGGAGAGGGCGCGAGUAGAAGCCCCCGGGGAGUGCUAAGGGACGGAGGGCAGCAGGAGCCUGGGACUCCGGAGCGGGACCCGGACAAAGCCACUCGCUUCCGGAUGGAGGAGCUGAGACUGACCAGCACCACGUUCGCGCUGACAGGCGACUCAGCACACAACCAAGCCAUGGUCCACUGGUCUGGCCACAACAGCAGCGUGAUUCUCAUUUUGACAAAGCUGUAUGACUAUAACCUGGGGAGCAUCACUGAGAGCUCGCUUUGGAGGUCAACUGAUUAUGGGACAACCUAUGAGAAGCUGAAUGAUAAAGUUGGGUUGAAAACAAUUUUGAGUUAUCUCUACGUGUGUCCUACCAACAAGCGUAAGAUCAUGUUACUCACAGACCCGGAGAUUGAGAGCAGCUUAUUGAUCAGCUCAGAUGAAGGGGCAACCUAUCAGAAGUACCGGCUGAACUUUUACAUCCAGAGCCUGCUCUUCCACCCCAAGCAAGAGGACUGGAUUCUGGCAUACAGCCAGGACCAAAAGUUAUACAGCUCCGCUGAAUUUGGAAGAAGGUGGCAGCUUAUCCAGGAAGGGGUCGCACCAAACAGGUUCUACUGGUCUGUGAUGGGAUCGAACAAGGAACCGGAUCUCGUGCAUCUAGAGGCCAGAACUGUGGAUGGUCAUUCCCAAUAUCUAACUUGCCGAAUGCAGAACUGCACAGAGGCCAACAGACAUAAACCUUUCCCAGGCUACAUUGACCCAGACUCUCUGAUUGUCCAGGAUGAUUACGUGUUUGUUCAGCUGACAUCAGGAGGACGGCCACAUUACUACGUGUCCUACCGAAGGAAUGCAUUUGCGCAAAUGAAGCUGCCCAAAUAUGCUUUGCCCAAGGACAUGCACGUCAUCAGCACAGAUGAGAAUCAAGUGUUUGCAGCAGUGCAAGAAUGGAACCAAAAUGACACAUACAACCUCUACAUCUCAGACACCCGUGGUGUCUACUUCACCCUGGCCUUGGAAAAUGUCCAGAGCAGCAGAGGACCUGAGGGCAAUGUCAUGAUCGACCUCUAUGAGGUAGCAGGGAUAAAGGGAAUGUUCUUGGCUAACAAGAAGAUUGACAACCAAGUGAAGACUUUCAUCACCUAUAACAAAGGCAGAGACUGGCGUUUGCUGCAGGCACCAGACACGGAUCUAAGGGGAGACCCGGUUCAGUGCUUACUGCCCUAUUGCUCACUGCACCUUCACCUUAAGGUCUCUGAGAAUCCCUACACAUCAGGGAUCAUUGCCAGCCGAGACACAGCUCCCAGCAUCAUAGUGGCUUCAGGUAACAUUGGCUCUGAACUCUCAGAUAGCGACAUCAGCAUGUUUGUCUCUUCUGAUGCAGGGAACACCUGGAGGCAGAUUUUUGAAGAAGAGCACAGCGUUUUGUAUCUGGAUCAAGGUGGAGUCCUCGUUGCUAUGAAGCACACAUCUCUCCCAAUUCGACAUCUCUGGUUGAGUUUUGAUGAAGGGAGAUCUUGGAGCAAAUACAGUUUCACAUCUAUUCCACUUUUUGUGGAUGGGGUUCUGGGUGAGCCCGGGGAAGAGACUCUAAUCAUGACAGUGUUUGGACACUUCAGCCACCGCUCUGAAUGGCAGUUGGUCAAAGUGGACUACAAGUCCAUUUUUGACAGACGGUGUGCCGAGGAGGACUACAGACCCUGGCAGCUGCAUAGCCAGGGGGAAGCAUGCAUCAUGGGAGCAAAGAGGAUAUAUAAGAAGCGAAGAUCUGAGCGGAAAUGUAUGCAAGGAAAAUACGCAGGAGCUAUGGAGUCUGAACCCUGUGUAUGCACAGAGGCUGAUUUUGACUGUGACUAUGGUUAUGAGCGACACAGCAAUGGUCAGUGCCUGCCGGCAUUUUGGUUCAAUCCAUCUUCUCUGUCGAAGGAUUGCAGCUUGGGGCAGAGUUACCUCAACAGUACUGGGUAUAGGAAGGUGGUUUCCAAUAACUGCACUGAUGGAGUGAGAGAACAAUACACUGCCAAACCACAGAAAUGUCCCGGGAAGGCCCCGCGGGGGCUCCGGAUCGUCACUGCUGAUGGAAAGUUGACAGCGGAACAAGGGCACAAUGUUACUCUCAUGGUACAGCUGGAAGAGGGUGAUGUUCAGAGGACACUCAUCCAGGUGGACUUCGGUGAUGGCAUCGCUGUGUCCUACGUCAACCUCAGCUCCAUGGAAGAUGGGAUCAAACAUGUCUAUCAUAAUGUGGGCAUUUUCCGAGUGACCGUGCAGGUGGACAACAGUCUGGGGUCUGACAGCGCCGUCCUGUACUUACAUGUAACUUGUCCCCUGGAGCAUGUACACCUGUCUCUUCCCUUUGUCACCACAAAGAACAAAGAGGUCAACGCAACUGCAGUGCUGUGGCCCAGCCAAGUGGGCACCCUCACUUAUGUGUGGUGGUACGGAAACAACACGGAGCCCCUGAUCACCUUGGAGGGAAGUAUAUCAUUCAAGUUUACUUCUGAAGGGAUGAACACCAUCACAGUGCAGGUCUCAGCUGGGAAUGCCAUCCUACAAGACACAAAGACCAUCGCGGUGUAUGAGGAAUUCCGAUCUCUUCGCCUGUCUUUUUCUCCAAACCUGGACGACUACAACCCGGACAUCCCUGAGUGGAGGAGGGACAUCAGCCGAGUCAUCAAAAAGUCCCUGGUGGAAGCCACAGGGGUUCCAAGCCAGCACAUCUUGGUGGCAGUGCUCCCUGGCUUGCCCACCGCUGCUGAGCUGUUUGUCUUGCCCUAUCAGGAUCCGACAGGAGAAAACAGAAGGUCCGCUGAGGACCUGGAGCAGAUAUCAGAACUACUCAUCCACAAGCUCAACCAAAACUUGGUGCACUUUGAGCUGAAACCUGGGGUCCAAGUCUUUGUCCAUGCAGCCCACUUAACAGCAGCUCCACUCGUGGACGUCACUCCAACCCACAGUGGAUCUGCCAUGCUGAUGCUGCUAUCAGUGGUGUUUGUGGGGCUGGCGGUGUUCGUCAUCUACAAGUUUAAAAGGUACGUGUCCCUCCAUCCACUUCUCCCCUCCCUCUUCCUUCUCCCUGACAGGUUCAGAAGCACGUGUUGCAGUGACAUACGUCUCCUGGUCAUAGCAGUGAUGGUUUCUGUUAAUGUUUUAGGAAGAUCCCGGGGAUUAAUGUUUAUGCCCAGAUGCAGAAUGAGAAAGAACGAGAGAUGGUCAGUCGAGUCAGUCACACUGAAAGCAGGUCCCAUAUCCCUCAGACUGAACUAAGGAGGCCUGGCCAGCUGAUAGAUGAGAAGGUGGAAUCCCAGCUCAUAGGAAGUAUUUCCAUAGUUGCUGAGAAUCAAAGCACAAAAGAAAUCCCUACCUAUGUAAAUGUUUGAAUGGAGGACGCCAGUAAAAACAAAAACAAACAAAAAAUAAAAUAAAAACAGUCCAAAUCCAAACAAACAAACAAACACUCACUGCAUCGGGACUUUUUAAUUCUUCAGACACAGACAACAAGGGUUUUUAGCUUUAAGCCUGUGCAUGUGGACAAUACCUUGAGAACAGGCUUGGAGGGCAGUGUACAGGUGCUGUAUUUUACUGGAAAAACACUCCCCUCCCCCUUUCUUCUUCUCUCUCUUUUUUCUGAUCGGUCGUGUUUGUAGAAAAUUCAUAACAUAUAAAAGCCAAGGAAAUCUGCAUGUAUUUUUGGAAAUAUUCUUGGCUCUAGAUUUAACAGCUAUUUUAGCACUCCAGGCUGGUGGGUGGAUUAGCCACCCCGGCCCCUUUCAUAAGACACAAAGACAUGCACAGGAGUCUGAAACCCUGAGCUGUUUCUCUGUUCCGCUUUUCUUAUUGCCAUUUUCCCUUCUCAGUUAUCUUUCGUGGCCCUCGGGCCAGCAGUGGCCACAAGGCUGCUUUCUCCACUGUGUGCGGCCACAGGGACUAAGAAGCGACUUGAAGUUUCACAUAUGCAGGCAGAGUAGGGAAGAAAGGCAGGCAAGGGGCAAGCGUGUUGGAAGAGGACCUUUGUUUCCUGUUCACCCCUUCCCAUCAGGGCUGCUUUCUCUGGCAGCUUUCCCCACUCCUGCCCCAAAGUAGGUAGAAAACAGAAUCCCAGGUACCCAUUGUUCUACUUUCCCAUUGUUUGCUACCCAUGUGUAUUCAUGAUCUGUUGAUGUCUUUGUAUCUCUUCCUUCCAAUCCCCAAGUUAUCCUUCAACUGCUCCUACUUUUUGUCCCCAAACAUGUUGCUAGAUUCUGGGCAUUAAUCCUGUUGUUCCCUAAAUACUGACCCAGCCCCUGCCAACCCUCCACCACCCACAGGUAUCUGAUCGCUCCAUCAGUUUUGUCAGUUUUAUACACUCCCAAGCAUGCCAGCUUACAUACACACUGACCAAACUGCAUCCUGGCCUGCAGGGUUCCACUUCCUGUAUCCUUUGUCUCCUCCUGUAGAACCUGCUUCUUCCAAAUAUCAUCACUUUUCCCACCUAGAAACACGUAACGUGUGUGAAAGAGUUGAGACAUGCAAAGCAAUUCAAACCUGGCCCUGUACGUUACAAAAGAAAGCAUCCAGAUAGAUAAUGGUAUUCUCAUACCUUAACAAAAAUCUCAUGCGGUCAGAUUCCAAAAGGUUCUUGUGAGAAUUGUUUUGAAUGUGUUACCCUGUGGCAGGGCAGUUUCCUCCUGUGAUGGUUGCUCUUACUGAGUAUUUCCUCUCUCACAGUAGAGUAAAAGUAUUUGUAAAAUAAAACGGAUUUCAACCAGAAGAAGAAGCAGGCUAAUGGAUUUAAUGUUUAGGAGUCUCAAAAAGUCUGAGAAUACACAGAGGUCUUAUCUUCACCAGGAUGAGAUUUCGAUGAUGUAGGAUGGUCCCCGACAUUUCACAGGUGUGCCCUCUGAUCUCUGAGUAUCACAGUAUCAGCAAAAGACAAAUCAAUAAGCAUAAAGCCGGGGGAGUUAGCUGACUAACUAAAACAGAGGGGCUCAAAGCAUGAAGAAAUCCCUGUUUUUCCAGGGCAGUCAUGAAAGAAGGCCCAGAGAAGGGAAGGAGCAAAAGUAUGUCCAGCAGAAGCCCUUGGAGUAUUAGGAAUUGGGCAAAGCCCGUCUAAAAUCUAGGAAAAAGUGGUUUUGAAAAACUGCUCAGAGAGUGCAGCUUCCUUCUUGGCCAUGUCCCCAAGCCACCAACAGAGUAUAACAGGGCUCUGUGGUCGUGGGGGUGUCCUGAAGAUUCUACAGAUCCGUGCCCCUUUGUAGCUCAGCAAGGGAGGAGAAGCCAAGCGGCAGUCAGAAGUUAAUCAAGCAGAAGGUUUGGUGGUUGAGGAUGCCCGGUAGGAAUCUGGGCAAUGGAUUAUGCCUGAGGCAGCCAUCUGUUUGUAGAACUCAAUUGAUCCCCAACCUGCCAGGCUUCCUAUCCCAUAGGAAACAUCCUCAUUGAUCCUCUUCAGUUGGAGCCUCCCAAAUUGAAUCUGGAAGACAAAGUGUUUGGAAACCAAAAGAGGCUCACUCAAAGCAGCACAGGGAGUCCUCAGAGUUGCAGUUCGGUUGAUUUUAAUUGGAAAAUUAUGAAAAAAUGGAAUAACACUCAAUCUAGCACAGUGCCUUGCCUAGAGGAGGUAUCAAGAAAAUGAUUUGUUUAAAAAUAAAUGAAUGAAUACAUGAGAAGACAUAGGGAAGAAUGGGCUUGUAAGUCCUAAUUAAAAACAGAGGUGGACAUGAGACGCCUGGCAUUUUGGAAAGUGAUCAACGAUGGCCAGCUCUAGAUUCUGCAUCUCCAGGGUCCUCAUGUGCCUCUCCUCAAAGCUCCCUCCCACCUGUAGGAGAUUCCUGAGGCCAGGUGCUGCUCAGAGGGGCCCUCAUUGUUCUCACAAUCUAGCUCCAUGCUUCUCAGGAGUAUCAGCAUCACCUCGGACUUGUUAGAAAUGCAAAUUUGGUGUACCCCUCUCCCCAGACCUACUUAAUCAGAAACUCCAGGCGUGGAGCCCAGCAAUCUGUUUUCACAAGCGCUUAAAGUGAUUAUGAUGUCCACUAAAGUUUGAGAACCACUGAACUAGGCCAUUCGAGCUCAAUCCCAAAGAGAAGGUAGUAAUGAGAGCCUGCAAAUGGGAGGUAUCCAAGUGCCUACCUACUCCCUAGCAGCAGGUGCAAACACAAUAGGAGUUGGGUGGGCAUGAGGCAGAGAGUGGGUGGGGAGAGAUGGAUGUGGAAGGUAAGAUUCAGGGCAAACUAACAAUCUGACAUUGCCGCCUUUUCCAAAAUCUCAGCAGGCAAACUGUGCGUGCUGUACCCUGAACUACCCAACCAACAUUUUCUCCUUUGCCUUACUCCUAAUUGGAUUCACUGUCCAAAAUGCAGAGGUUUGCUUUGCUUUUUUUCAGAAGUUCCAAACAGCAACUUUGAGAGCAGUGGGGUGCUUGGCAGCUGUUCUGUGUUUUCCAGGAUUCCAACUGAGCAUUGAAAUCCCUCAUUUGCCAACUUAUUUUUAUAGGAAGCCAAUUAAAAAAAGAAAAAGUUUUCUUAUAGUAUCGGAACUAUGUCUAAUUUUAAAACAACUUUUCUGAUGUAUUUUUUGUUAAAUACUAUGUAGUGUAAUGUAUAAUUGCUCUUGUUUAUUGCUUUUACAAUCAUAUUUAUUAAACAGAUAAUGUCUCUAAA